AUGAACUCUACCCAGCCCCAUGGAAUGCACACCUCUCUCCACUCCUGGAACCGCAGUGGCCACGGGCUGCCCGCCAAUGUCAGUGAGUCCCCGGCAAAAGGCUACUCGGACGGGGGGUGCUAUGAGCAGCUCUUUGUCUCUCCCGAGGUGUUUGUGACUCUGGGGGUCAUCAGCUUGUUGGAGAAUAUUCUGGUGAUUGUGGCCAUCGCCAAGAAUAAGAAUCUGCAUUCACCCAUGUACUUUUUCAUCUGCAGCCUGGCUGUGGCUGACAUGUUGGUGAGCGUUUCCAACGGGUCGGAAACCAUUGUCAUCACCCUGCUGAACAGCACAGACACGGACGCGCAGAGCUUCACGGUGAAUAUUGACAAUGUCAUCGACUCGGUGAUCUGCAGCUCCUUGCUCGCCUCCAUCUGCAGCUUGCUGUCGAUCGCGGUGGACAGGUACUUCACCAUCUUCUAUGCGCUCCAGUACCAUAGCAUCAUGACGGUGAGGCGGGUGGCGAUCACCAUCAGUGCCAUCUGGGCGGCCUGCACGGUGUCCGGCGUCCUGUUCAUCAUUUACUCGGACAGCAGCGCUGUCAUCAUCUGCCUCAUCGCCGUGUUCUUCACCAUGCUGGCUCUCAUGGCCUCCCUCUAUGUUCACAUGUUCCUCACGGCCAGGCUCCACAUCAAGAGGGUCGCGGUCCUGCCGGGUACCGGCGCCAUCCGCCAGGGCGCCAACAUGAAGGGGGCGAUCACGCUGACCAUCCUGAUCGGGGUCUUCGUUGUCUGCUGGGCCCCCUUCUUCCUGCACCUGAUAUUCUACAUCUCCUGCCCCCAGAACCCCUACUGCGUGUGCUUCAUGUCUCACUUUAACCUGUAUCUCAUCCUGAUCAUGUGCAAUUCCGUCAUCGACCCUCUGAUCUACGCCCUGCGGAGCCAGGAACUGAGGAAAACCUUCAAAGAGAUCAUUUGCUGCUCUCCUCUAGGUGGCCUCUGUGAUUUGUCCAGCAGAUAUUAA